CUUCCUCGUGUUCCCGUCUAACCCUUCUGCUCACUCGUUAGCUGCGUAUGCCAUUCGAGACUCCGGCAAAUACCCUCCGCGGACGAGAUGACGCUCGAAAUCGAAGCCCGAGACGUUAUAAAGAUUGUUCUUCAAUUCUGCAAAGAGAACUCGUUGCAUCAGACGUUUCAGACACUGCAAAAUGAGUGUCAGGUUUCAUUAAACACAGUGGACAGCGUUGAGACAUUUGUUUCUGACAUUCAUAGUGGAAGAUGGGACUCCAUACUGCCUCAAGUUUCACAGCUUAAGCUUCCCAGAAAUAAAUUAGAAGACCUUUAUGAACAGAUUGUCCUCGAAAUGAUAGAACUUAGAGAGUUGGAUACUGCAAGGGCUAUUUUGAGGCAAACUCAGGUGAUGGGUGUCAUGAAGCAGGAGCAACCAGAAAGAUAUUUGCGGCUAGAGCAUCUUCUAGUCAGAAGCUACUUUGAUCCACAUGAGGCUUAUGGGGAAUCAACUAAAGAAAAAAGACGCGCACAGAUUGCCCAAGCUCUGGCUGCUGAGGUUACUGUGGUACCACCUUCACGGUUAAUGGCUUUGAUAGGUCAGGCUUUGAAGUGGCAACAACAUCAAGGAAUGCUUCCUCCGGGAACACAGUUUGAUCUCUUCCGUGGGACAGCUGCUAUGAAACAAGAUGUAGAAGACACAUAUCCAACGGCUCUUAAUCAUACCAUAAAGUUUGGUACUAAGAGUCAUGCAGAAUCUGCUCGGUUUUCACCAGAUGGGCAGUUUCUUGUUUCUUGUUCUGUGGAUGGCUUUAUCGAGGUUUGGGAUUACAUCAGUGGGAAGCUCAAGAAAGAUUUGCAAUAUCAGGCUGAUGAAACUUUCAUGAUGCAUGAUGAUCCUGUCCUUUGUGUUGACUUUAGCAGAGAUUCUGAGAUGCUAGCAUCUGGGUCACAAGAUGGAAAGAUAAAAGUUUGGCGUAUAAGGACUGGUCAAUGUUUGCGUCGUCUUGAACGUGCGCAUUCUCAAGGAGUCACAAGUCUUUCAUUCUCUCGCGAUGGAAGCCAAUUGCUGAGCACCUCCUUUGACAGCACUGCUAGAAUCCAUGGUUUGAAAUCUGGGAAAUUGUUAAAAGAAUUCCGUGGUCAUUCAUCUUAUGUAAAUGAUGCCAUCUUUACAAGUGAUGGUAGUCGUAUCAUCACUGCCUCGAGUGAUUGCACAGUGAAGGUCUGGGAUGUAAAGACCACGGAUUGUCUACAAACAUUCAAGCCACCGCCUCCUUUGCGGGGAGGUGAUGCUUCUGUCAAUUCUGUUCAUCUGUUCCCGAAAACCUCGGAUCACAUUGUUGUGUGUAACAAGACAUCAUCUGUAUACAUCAUGACACUCCAAGGACAGGUUGUGAAGAGUUUCUCGUCGGGUAAGAGGGAAGGAGGAGAUUUCGUGGCUGCAUCUGUAUCUCCUAAGGGUGACUGGAUAUAUUGUGUCGCCGAAGACAGGAAACUGUACUGCUUCAGCUAUCAAACCGGUAAACUAGAGCAUCUCAUGACGGUACAUGAGAAGGACGUGAUCGGAGUAACGCAUCAUCCCCACCGGAAUCUCCUCGCAACAUACAGUGAAGAUUGCACCUUGAAGCUAUGGAAGCCCUGAUUCCUUCCUUCCUUUUUCCCCAAAUGUUUCUCGGGAUUUUCAGUACGAGGAAAGUGUAGGAACAUGGAAAAUGCAUUAACUUUGAAUGCCCUCUUGUUAUACAUUCUGCUACUUGAGAAAAAACCAGGUUUCUCAAGAGGUUAGGAAAUGCAACUUCUCUGAAUUUCCAUCA